AUGACCAUUACCCACUCGAUUUACAGCAAAACCAACAAACGGUCUGGAAUGGAAGCGAAUCGGCGAGAAUCUCGAUCCUCCAGAACAAAGCUAACACCCAGGAUCAAAUACGAUGAAGCAAUAAAAAAUUACAUAGAUUCAAGGACAAAAAGUUCAAUCGUCUACGUGAUCUUGGCCACUCCGGUGGCGAAUAAAACAGUUUCAUUCAACUUGUUGAGCUUCGGCACAGAUAACAAAUUUUCUAUUGAUCAAGUUUUACUCCGAUGGGCUAUUAUGGAGAAACAAUUGAGUGAGCUUGGAAUCAUUGUCCUCGGAUAUGCAGCUGAUGGCGAUUCUCGCCUUAUCGGUAGCAUGAAAUUAAGAAUGGGAUUGCCUCGUCCAAUGACCAAUCUGCCACAUGGUAUACCAGAAGAGUGGAAACACUGGUAUGCUGCGAAAGGUCGAUUUUCUGUGGUUUAUGUACAGGACACUAUUCACUUAGUGAAUAAGUUGAAAAAUGCACUGUUGUCAGUUCUCAUUUCAGUAAAAGCAUCUUUGUUAAUUGUUUUCUUCCUCGUUUUCUUCACGAUAACAGGUAAAUUUCCAGUCUCGAGAGGACAUUUGGAAAUUGUAGCUAGAGAAGGUGAAGAGAAAACUGGUCUCCUAAUAGCUGAUUUGGAACAACACGAUAAAAUGAGUAUUAAAACGUUUGAGAAGCUUAUCGACCCACGAGUAGCGCAGCAAUUGAAAACACACCCUGGAACGAAUGGAACAGUGGCUUACAUAACACUCAUGAAAUCCGUUUUCGAUUCUUUUGAGAACGCGUCACUUAAUCCAUCAGAGCGGAUAGAAGAAAUAUGGUUUGUUACCUUUUUUAUUCGUGUCUGGCACUGCUGGGUAAAAAGUAGUACGAAUUUGAACCCGAGGCUGGCUCAGUUGGGUAUAGAAAUUAAUGCUCACUCCCUAAUAAGCCACCUGAUGAAUUGUCGUGAACGUGGUAAACCUGAACUGUUUCUGACAGAACUGAUGCACUCGCAACAUUGUGAGCGUUCUUUUGGAAACGCACGAUCUUUUAUGUCUGGUGUGCAAAACACUGUUAUUAAUUUCGACAUUUUAGAGUAUCUUAACAAAGCAUCUCGUUUCGAAUACCUCGAUGAAUUACGAAUCAUACUAAGGGAUAAAUUUGAAUUCGCACGAGGGGGAUAUAAGACCAUUGAAUAUAAGCACUUUGAAUUUCCAACCGAUCAAGAAAUCGAAGCCGCCGUUUACAGAGGCAAGCAACGCGCGAAAAUACAGCUGGACUUCACCGGCCUUGAAUGUGAGGAUGAAGAUUUCUGUUGUUGUCUAUCAAGUUCAAAAAGAUGCGACAAGUUCCGAACUGUACGAUAG